AUGGAACAAAUCACAGAAGAUGUAAAUGAAAUAUCGAAUCCCAUAGUGGGCUAUUAUGACAAUUCUGUUUUUCAAAGAAAGAGUAAUAGUUUAUUUUACAUCAAAUCAUUUUCAGUUGUUUUAAGGAUUAUACAGCUUUGUAUAGCUGUGUAUACUUUAUAUAGAAUAGCCAAAGAGAGAAAAAAUAAUCGUUCUCGCGAUAACGGUGACGAAAGUAGCGAUGAAGAUGAAGAUGAUGAUGCAGAUGAAGAUGAUGAUGCAGAUGAAGAUGAAGAUCAAUUAUCUGAUUCAAAUUUAGAAACAUAUGAUGAAGAAAAAACAACACGAUGGAAAAAUAAAGAAUGGAAAAAAUGGAUGAAGAAUUUGGAACAUGAUUGGAUGGAUUUUAUUUCAGAAAUUAAUAAUGAAAAAGAUAAGUGGAUUGAAAAAAAAGAAAAAGAAUGGAACUCAUUUUUAGACGAAUUAGAAAAUAAAUGGAAUCAUUAUAAUGAAAAUUUUGAUAAAGAAUUUAGUACUAAUAUUCUAGAAGAUUAUUCUAAUUGGGAUGAUAAACAGUGGAUCGAUUGGAUGAAAACAGAUGGAAUUCAUUUUAUUUAUAUACAAUGGAAAGCAUGGGUUCUAGAAAGCCAUAGUAAAUUUGCUAAUGUGUUUGUAGAUAAAUGGCUGGAAUGGAAGAAAAAUAAAAUAUUAUCAUGGUCCAUGAUUGAUUGGAAACGUAAAGAAUCACAAAAAUGGCGAGAUUAUGAAAAAAAUACAUGGUUCAAAUUUAUCUACUUCCUUGAUACCAAAAGAUAUAAUGAAUAUAUAACCAGAACAAAAGAAGAACAAAAUCAAUGGAAUGCGUGGACCAAAAUAAAGGACGAUAAAUUUAUUGAAAGUGUAUUAAAUGAAUAUUUAAGUUGGAAAGAUAAUAAACAUAUGCUGUAUAAACAAUGGGUAGAAAAAUUUGUUAAUAAUUGGAUAAGUAAAAAACAAUGGAAUGUUUGGAUUGAGGAACAAAACCUAGGUCAUUCAUAUAUAAAUUGA